UGACAAGUGUGAACGUGCGAAUAACCUAAAAUAAAAAAAAUAGUGUGUUGAUUGUGUGUAAUACUACUUUAAAAUGGAUGAUUUACAAAUGAAUAUAUCAGUUUCCACGAAGAAACCGAUCAAGAAGAAUAACAAACCACAAUCUUUACAAAACAAUGCUUCGGAUUACAAAUUUAAGCCUAAAUCUGACUUUAGCGGUAAAAUAAUAGCAAGGAAAAGAACCCAAAAUGCGGUUCAGAAGAAGAUUUUUGUAAAAAAUUUGGAGGAACCCCAAAAUAAAAUACCCAAACUGACGCAGCCUACAAAAGAAGAUAAUUUAGCGUCAGCUUUGCGUGAUCUCAGCGAGAACAAAGGCAAAUUUCAUGGUAAAAAUUACCAGGAGAUCACUGAUGAAAUCCAGAUUAAACAGAAACCUCGCAGUGGGCCCUGGAUAUCAUCUUUAUUCAAAAACAAUCCCGAUGUACCUAAAUUAGGACAGAAGGCAGUCAAGCCCUUAGUUGAAAAAGUAUUUGCGGGCAAGUCAUUUUCAGAUUUAAAUAUUCACCCUCACAGUGUUGCAAAUUUAAAACAAAAUCUUAAUUUAACUGAGCUAAUGACUGUACAGCAGAAAGCUAUUUCAAUUAUUUUAGAGGGUAGAGAUGUUUUAAUCAGAUCACAAACAGGAUCUGGCAAAACUUUAGCAUAUGCACUACCAGUUAUUGAAGGAUUGCAGGCUAUAAGGCCAAAAAUAAAUAGGCAUGAUGGCGUACGAGUUCUUGUUGUGGUUCCUACCAGAGAACUAGCAGUACAAACAUAUGAACUGUUUGUCAAACUUGUAAAGCCCUUUAUCUGGCUUGUGCCUGGUCUAUUGAGUGGAGGUCAAAAGAGAAAAGCUGAGAAAGCAAGGUUACGGAAAGGUCUCAGUAUAUUAGUGGGAACACCUGGCCGUAUUAAUGACCACUUAAGACAUACACAUUCACUGAACUUUGCUAAAACUGGAUGUCUAAUACUUGACGAAGCUGAUAGAUUAUUAGACAUGGGUUAUGAAAAAGAUGUAGCUGCUAUUGUAAAAGCCAUUGAAGACCACAAAAAAGCAGCCACUUAUGACCCUCUUGCACUUAUGAAACAGACCAUUAACAAAAAAUUAAUUGAUAAUGAUGACAUUAAAGAUCAAGAACUUGAACCUGUUGAAGAUCAAGGAGAAUCUAAUACUGAACAUCCUUUAACAAAAGUUUUCUUAUCUAAAGAAAGACAAACUAUUCUUCUUUCUGCUACUCUUACUAAGGCAGUCGAAAAUUUAGCUGGAAUUACCAUGCAAGAUCCUGUAUUUGUAGAUACAUCAGAUGGUAAAUCACUUGUUGCUGAUUCAUUAAAAAAUAUUAAAACAACUGAAGAUGUUCAGUCAAAUAAUCAAAGUACUUUCAAAACUAAAAAACAGAAUGAUGAUACUGGAUCACCUAUUAGUAUAAAUAAUCACUCUGUAAAAGAAGGCUUAGUAGACUCUAGUAAAGGAAAAAGUCCAGGUGUUAAGGAUGGUAAUCAUUCUGAAUUGUCCAGUAGCAGUAAAAAUGAAUCAACAAUUAAAAAUAUAAAAGUCACCAAUACCAGAAGAAAAUCGGAGAGUGAUAGUGAUUCAGAUUAUGAAUAUUUCAAAGAGCAGAAAAAAAUUGAAAGUGAAAACGCAGACGAAGGUAUAAACGUAGAUAAUGCUAUGAAAGUAGAAGAAAAAAUUAACAAUAAACCUGAAAGUGAAAAUAUAUUUGUACAAGCGAUUAAAUCAGCUAUCGUAGAAGAUGAACUUAUCUUGCCAGCUACUGUUAAUCAGACAUUCUUAGUUGUGCCAAUGAAGCUUAGAUUGGUAACGUUGUGCUCUCUUAUCGUAGAACACUGUGUAUUAAAUAAAAAGGGAGGUAAAAUGAUUGUUUUUAUGGCAACUCUAGAAAUGGUCGACUAUCAUACAGAAUUAAUCGAGACUGUUUUAACUGGCAAAGAGGUUAAAAAGAAAAACGAUCCAAACAAAACAUCAAAUGCCAAGAAAAAGAAACUGGAAAAAUCAGAAGGAUCGGAUUCGGAAUUCGAGAUGGAUUACGAGAGUCCUGCUGAAGGUGGUCUCCUGCCCUUGGAUUUAGAUGUGUUCAGUUUACACGGUUCUAUGCCUCACGAGCAACGGAUAGAAGUUUUCAAACAAUUCCGUUCUGCAAAGAGAGGACUACUCUUUUGUACCGACGUAGCCGCAAGAGGGUUGGACUUACCAAAAGUGGACUUAGUGCUGCAGUAUUGCGCUCCGACUUCUGCAACGGACUACGUUCACAGGGUAGGGCGGACAGGUCGCGCAGCGCAAGUAGGUGCGGCCGUGUUGUUCCUACUACCAAGCGAGGCAGAGUUUGUGAGGCAUCUAGAGCAGAAACGUAUUAGGUUGCGGCAAUCGGACGAAUCGCGAGCCUUGGACGCUUUGCAAACUGUAGUGCCAUCGGCGCCGACGCGACAACGUGCGGCCAUCGCUGUGCAAAGUAAACUAGAAUACACUGCCCACGGUUCAAAAGAAUGGCUGGCUAGGGCUAGCAGAGCUUUCACAUCAUGGGUUCGCUUCUACUCGUGCUACCCGCGCGAGGUCCGAAUGUGGUUGGACGCACGACUACUGCAUUUAGGACACGCCGCCAAAGCCUUCGCACUGAGAGAAACUCCCGCGGCUCUUGCCAGGCGUGCUAGAUCCGAUCCAAAUUUGCAGAAAGAGAGACCCAAUAAUCGUCUAACAAUGCAUGACGAGGAAGAGAAAAAACGACCUGGUUUCCCGAAAAUGAAAGUGGGUGUGUUUGCACACAAAAUAGUGAACAAGCAGAGCUCGAUGCAUACGGCAAGCGAAUUUGACAGUGGUUUACCACCUGUAGACACCUACACCAGGAAGGUCAAAAAGAAUAAAUAAAACUGAUUAUAAUCAUUACCUAAUUGUA